UCGUACGUAAGAGCUAUGGAGUCGGUGAGUGGCCGUGGAUCCUUGGCUUGUGGAUCACGGUAAUGGUAACACGGUCGUUGCACCUCAAUGGGGGGAAAUAUGCGGGACGUCCUGCCGUAGGCUCCGCAUGUGGACGAGAGGAACUCUUUGUGUUCCCGUUGCACGCGGACGCGGCGCGUACCUUCAAUUGACAUCUAUUGUGUCUCUUUUUGCUUCGGGGGCCGAUGUAAUGUCAUCGUAUCCUGAGACGACGACGCAAAGUUGCAACGGUAUUUUGCCGAACAGGAAGUCAAUUUUCAUGUCAGAGUCUCAGAUAUGGGGGUACAACAUUGUGCAUUGUCUGUCAUAUUGCUCCUCAGCUAUAGCCUAUACCUCCAUACUUGUCUCGAGAUCGCACGUCGUCUGCUGGGAUGGUGGGGGCGUAACCGCGUGGUGGUGGUGUGUCUCCCAAUAACCCCCCAUGUCUUGGUCUUUGCUGUGCGGAUGCAUGUGCCUUGGUUGACCAGUUAUCACAGCUUGGUCUGCGGCUAGG